AUGAACGGCGUGGGGAUUUCAUCUCUGGGAAAUAUAUUGGAAACAGGAACCGAUACACAGAAAGCUCUAGCAGCAUUCGCGUUAGGCUCUCUGGCUAACAGUGACGACGCUCGUGUGGCAAUUACUGAUUCUUUGCCGGAUCUUGUUGCAUUUGCUCGGACUGGAACUCAAAUUCAGAGAGAACAUGCUGCGUUCGCUUUGGGUUGGCUAUCCCGCAAUGAUACAAUUUGUGAUAUGGUAAUAACUUACGGAGGAAUCACACCUUUGGUCAAUCUCGUACAACCUGGAACUGAAGACCAGAAGAAUCAGGCAGCGCUGGCUUUGGGUAACCUCGCGGUUGACAGCACUGAGAAUACAGCAACAAUUUUUGCGAGUGAGAAGGUAUUCUCUGCUCUAGUAGAGCUUGUGCAGACUGGAACGGAUGACCAAAACAGUGAAUGCAGCGCGAGCUCUGUCUAA